UCCCGCUCCCUUUGUGCGGCAGCCGCGCACACGCCGCACGCUCGUCCCGCUCCGCUGCGCUGCCCCGAGCCGCGGCCGCCAGCCCGACCCGACCCGACCCGACCCGACCCGGCUGUGUCCGGCGCUGCCGCCCGGCCCGGCCCGGCCCGGCCCGGCCCGGCCAGCUCAGCAGCCAUGGAGGCAGUGCUGAUCUUCCUGUGCUCCCUGCUGGUGCCGGCGGCGAUGGCAGACGUGGCCACCCAGGAGAAGGAGGAGGAGGACCCGUUUAACUACGAUUACCAGAGCCUGAGGAUCGGCGGGCUGGUGUUUGCUGUGGUCCUGUUCACUGUUGGCAUUCUCCUUAUACUCAGCAGGAGGUGCAGGUGCAGUUUCAACCAGAAGCCCAGAGCUCCGGGGGAUGAGGAGGCUCAGGCCGAGACCCUGAUCACGUCCAACGCGACGGGGGCGCAGAAAGCAGACAACUGAGGCAGAGGCAUGUGCCCCAGAGGCCCGAGGACAGAUGCUCAGAGCUCAGAUGCCAGUGGCCUGCGAGGAAACAAACGGCAGCCCCAGGUCCCUCUAAGGAGCCACGAAGCUGCUGUUGCCUGUGUUACCCUGUGUCGUACUCCAGCACCGGUUCUGCAUUUACUAACCCGACUAAACUCCGCUCACCGUCCUCUCUGCCUCCAGUGGUGUGUCAUGUUGAUGUGAGAUGAUCGUUACCUCUAGGGCUAGUCCUUGCCGGUGUCGUAAUCGUGACUUUCUCUUCACCGUUGUCGUGCUGUGCGUGUGAUUCGGGCUCUGUACGACGUGCAGGCGCUGCCCCCGAGCCGUGGGCAGGGUGGUGUGGGCUGUGGGGCACACAGACCAGUGCCUUGGGCACCUUGGCCAGGGCUCAGGGGCCGGUGCCACGGGGACCACGCGUUGCAGUUUCAGCAAUAACCCCGCGUGGCCUGUCCCAGAGGCAGCCGUGGGGAGGGCGAGUCGGGCAUUGACAGCCCAUGGCUCAGCUUCCCUCGGUGCUGGCACCUGGGUGCCAGGUUUAAAGGCUGAAGGGAGCUCUCUUUUCUCACCUGUUUGGCACUCCCUGUUUCUGUCCCUGGCUAAAACCAAGCCGUUGGUGCAGGAUGCUGCUUUAAGUGGCAGGAAGCGCUGUGGUGGCAGAGAAGCCCCCGAAAUCCCCCAGCACGGUAACACUGUGAAAGAGGGCGGCUGUGCAGCAGUGCCCCUGCUAACCAGCACAAACCAGCUCCUCGCCAGCCUCUGCCUGCCCGCCAGACCAGGGUAAACAGUCUCUGAGGGCUAAAGAGAAACCCUGACUGAAGUGAAGAUCCUGUCCUUGCUUGUCUCCUGCAGAGGGGCAGCAGCGUUUCCCCUGGUCCUCCCUGUCCUUCCUGAUGCCUGGUUGCUCCCCGUGCCAGUGUUGUGUGUUGUCCCGUGGUGGUUAUGUGCCAUCAGCUCCCUUCCUCCCGCAGCGCCGGGGCUGACACAGGGGCCGUGUGCCGGCUCCAGGCGGGGCUGAGCCCUGAGCCCAUCGUCACUUGUGUCCACUCACAGGUCAGCAGCAAACCUGUGAGCCCAGCCCCUUGCCCCAGCCUGUGCACCUCAGCUGGGGCUGGGGGCUGGGUUCCGAGAGGGGUUUCUGCUGUGCCCACUCUGCUGCGGUGCCUCUGGCGUGGGCUGUGCCCCUGUGUGCUUUUGUUCCUCAGUGGCUGUGGCAAGCACGGUCUGUCCUGUCUGCACAAGGCAGCGGGACUGUGUCUGCGGGGCCGUGUCCCUUCCCUUCCUCCUGGCCCCUGCAGAGAGCUCUGCUCCCCUCCUGCCUCCCGGGGCCGAGCAGAGCCCGGGCAGCCCAGCGCAGCCCCGUGUCCGUACGGAGUGCCCAUGCUGUCUGUACUGUGCCGUCGCUGUUAACACGAAACAAAGCAAUCCCUGUGCUGUCUACAAAUGGCAAAAUCCUGACUGUUGUAAAAUAAACCCAGCUAUUGUGUCUCCUUUUAAA